AAGUGGAGACCCCACAGCACCUCCCUGCUGCUGGCUCAGGUGUGAAUGGUCUCACCACCCCAGGCUCCUGUCCCCUUAGUACCCAGCCGGCUCCAGACACGACCCACUCCUCAGGUGCCGGCCAACCCUUGAGGCUAUCAGUGGCCUGCAGCCAUUUGUCCUGGAGAGAGACCACCUGUUCAGUCAACCUUGGGCAUCCUAGUGCCUGACCGAGCGGGCGCCACAGAACUCCAGUUCCCUCCCCACGGCCCAGGCCCAGCUGCAGCGGACACAGGGUCCUGGCGUCUGAUUACUGACCAUCAGGUCCAGGGCCCAGACUGGGGACACGGAGGAAGACAAGGAACUCUGGGAAGAGUCCAAGGCCAGGAGAAGCAGACAGGUGGAGCACGGUGGGGCGAUGGCUGCUGUGCGGUCACCGCAGUCGGCUGGACACGGGUGGCACGGACUGCGGCCCACCGCCCCGAGGCUGGGACAUGUCCUGCUUGAUGCCAUUUCUCAGACCACGCUGGUUCCCCUCAGUAACCAGCACCGUCCACCCUCAGGUUACUGGCCGCCUGCGGUGUGUGCUUCCUGCUGUUGCACAACAAAAUCCCAGAAAAUCCGUGACUUGAAACAAUGGCCACUCUUUGCCUCCCUCUCUGUGGGUCAGGAGUCCUGGCUGGUGGAGCAGGGCUGGCGCUGGAGGACAGGAUUUGCCUAGGCCUGGGUGGGGCGGAGCCCGAGCGGGAAGAGCGGGGGCGGGGCCGGACCACUGGGCUGGACUGGAUUCCACAGAGCUUGAUCUGGUGGCACCAGGAAGCAGGAAGCAGGCGGGCAGCGCGGAUCCGGACCCAGGAGGUUCUGUGGGCACUCUUGGAAGCCAGCGCUGAGUCAUCCAAAGACAGAACUGAAACUGAAAACUUUAACUCCCUUCUUCUGAGCUGGUGUCUCAUAGCUGUCUCUGUGGGGCUUUUCCUGUGUGGUUGCAUAAGACGAGGAUACAUCCUGAGGUUUGGAUAAAACAGGGGCUGCAAAACUGUCAGCAACUUGGAAAUGAAAUUAGUUCUUUCCAGCAAAUAGUGGUUCAGCAUCAGAACACAUUCACCUUUCAGCCACUUAAAAUCCUCAUUUAUGAAGUCCAAGUUUCUGUUCUCUUUUCCUGUGGAACAGCAGUCAGCAAACUGUGGUCUGUGUUUAGACUGCAAAGCCUAAAAUAUUCACCAUCUGCUCCUUCACAGUGGACAUUUCCCAGCCAGUGCUCUGGGACAUGAAGUGCCAGGUUAUUCUGUAUAAAUUAAAGAUUCUCACUGAGCCAGGGGCUUCAGGAGGCCUGGGACUCAGACCCUGGCUGAGCAUUUGGUUUGAGAUGCAGAUGUGCCGCUUUGGAAGACAAGGACUCCACGCCCUCAGAGGGAGAUCCCUCUGUGACCUGGACACAGAAGAGCCCCGACUCAACUGUUUCCCGUUUCCUGCUCAGCUGAGCCUGGGUCACAGCAGCACCCUCAGGUGCAGGAGGCCGGUCUUGUUCCGAGCCUCGGAGGCAGGGCUGGGAUCCACUUCACACUGCAGGGGAGCCACACAAGCAGAUGGCCAUGGUCCCCCGAGAGCACCUGCUUUCCUCUUUGGCUCACAGGGCACGACUCCCCUGUCCUGGUCUCAGAUGUACAAUCUCACUGGGGUACACUGAAUGGGGACCCCACUUCCUCCCACAAGCCUGCAACCGUAGCUUCCAGGGGGCAGCCUGGGACAGCACCACGGAACUCAGCCCGAGGGGCUGCUGCAGCGGUGGCCUGGCGUCCGUCCCUCCACGCAUCCGUCUGUCCACCCCCUGGAGCCAGCCUCGUUUAGCCCUGCUUCAUCAGUCAUGAUUUAUGUUUGAUCUUAGGAUUGAGGCAGUAUGGUCACCACGAAGAGAAAAAUCACAGGCUGCACGGGUGGAGAGAAUAAGCACCGUCCAAGGAAAUCCCGGCCUUCAUCUCAGGUGCCUGUGAGAACCCGGAGGAAGGAACUGGAACAUCCGGUCCCUGGGCUGCAAGUGUCAGGAGCAGGCCCCUCCUGGAGCGGAUGUUUGAAACAGCCCCUCAUGAGUUGCUGUGAAAUCCACAGGCAGAGCGGCAUCUGCCUCACACACAAUCUUGAAUCAGAAAAAUGUGACUACGCUAUAAAGAGGAAAGAAUUCGUGGUGAGUUGAGGUGCUCUUCCUUGUGAAUGCCUGGUACAGUGACCCUGGAAGACAAAACGAGGUGGGUGGACAUUCACGUGGCCUUGUUACAAAAGAGUUUGGAUUUAAGUGAAAUAAGGUAAUAUUCAACCGAUGCUUUUUGAAUUACACUUGACAUUCUGAAAGGAAGGCCACAGGAAUCUGCUCAGAUGUAAGCAGUCACCGGCAGGUCCAUCAUCCUGUUCCUGAUUCCCGGCGGGCCUGGCCGUGGAGACAUGGUCUUCUGACACACAGUCGCGCUGUGCAGAGCUCCAAGCUGGACGAGGCCCUGUCUUCCCCAGACUAAGGGCAGCGGCUUCCCUGGAGAUUCCUGAACGCCUAGGAGCAUGUGCAGGUUUGGACUAGGUGUCCGCCCUUCCGGCACGCUGGCGGACGUCCUACCUACCGCCAGGUGGCGCUGGCUGGUCCUGCGAGGCACGGGGCUGCAGUGCUGCCAGGCUCCCGGCCCCCAGGGGUACGCCCAGCCCUCCCUGUGAGGACCAAAAGGGCCUGGAUGGCUGCAGACCCACAGAGAGUGCUCCAGGCCGCUGCCCCCGUCCAGAGCCCCCGAGCUAAUGUCUGUUGAAAGGCUUGCUAUUCCUGUGUCUAAUGGGAGCAGACAAUAAGUACAUAGGCAAAUGGACAAGGCCACCAAGGCGGUUGGGAGUAGAGUGGGUAAGUGGAUGAGACCCAGGGACCAGCCUGGAGGAGCUGUGGCUGAGACACGAAGGCAGGGGCCUUGUGAACCCUCACCCUGUUCCUCGGGGUGGACGAGAUAAUGGGUGACAGACCCAAGGGCGGAGUCCCUGCGACUCCCCUCUGGGACCCAGCAUAGCACUUGGGACACCUGUGCUGAGCACCUUGCUCUGCUGCUGCUCAUGCUAGCAACCUCUCCCCCACACAGAGGGCGACGCCCUGCAACUCAGCAUGUGGCCUGGGCCAUCGGUGUCCCACACUUGCACACACACACACACACAGAUGUCAGUGGGUGCAGUCCCCUGGCACGCCCCAUGACAUUGUGUGCACGAGACAGCUCCAAGGUCUGUGUGACGAGGGGCUUGGCUAGGGUCCCGGACGUGGGCUGCAGGCUGGGCAGGGGAGGGGAAGCAGUGGAGCGUUUCUACCCCUCUGGUGACCUGGGGACUGAGACGAAGCAAGCUCUGCCCCUCCUGCAGUACUGUGCACUUUCCCUCCUCAGAUCUUGAAGAAGUAAACAAACACGGUUACUGUUAACAACAGGUAAGUGUGUUGGUGUGGUUUGGUUUGGUUUUGUGGCGCUGGGGAUGAACAUAGGCCUGUGUCUGCUAGGCCACUGCUCUCUGCUGAACCACAUCCUGGCCCGGCGCUCUGUCUUGUAGAUCCUAGGGUAGUGACCUAUAUGUGGGAAGUGCAGUGUGAAAGGUGUGACAGAACGAUGAGAGCAGCCUCAUCCACACGAGCAACCUCUGCCAACAGACAGCCUGUCCCUGGGUCAGAGGAGCAAAGGGGCUCAGGGGGCAGCACAUCAUGGGGCACCCAAGUUCUGGAUCCCUGUGCGGGGCCUCGAGCUGAGCCACUCCUCUCCUUCUCCACAGGGCCAUGGCAGGUCCCCUUGGCCUUCUCGUGGGCGUGGCGCUCAUGGCUGGCCCUGUGCUCGGGAUCCUGCCCUGCUCCUCCGAUGGACAGAUGGCCUUAUUUCGUUCCUGCAACCUCACCCAGAUCCCCCAGGUCCUCAACACUACCAGGAGGCUCCUGCUGAGCUCCAACUAUAUCGGGAUGGUAACAAGAACGUCAUUCCCCCUCCUGGAGCAGCUCCAGCUACUGGAGCUUGGGGGCCAACUGACACCCCUGACCAUCGGCCCAGAGGCCUUCCGGAACCUACCCAGCCUCAGGGUCUUGGACCUGGGUGACACCAAGAUGCACAUCCUGCAUCUGGAUGCUUUCCAGGGCCUGCCCCAGCUGUUUGAACUUAGACUGUUUUCCUGUGGUCUCUCAGAUGCUAUAUUGAGAGAUGGUUAUUUCAGAAAUUUAACUUCCUUAAACCGCCUGGACCUGUCUAUAAAUCAGAUUAAUAGCCUUUACCUUCAUCCUUCAUUUCAAGGACUGAAUUCUUUAAAGUCCAUGGAUUUUGCUCUCAACCCAAUCCCCACCGUGUGUGAGGGCGAGCUCAGCCCACUCCAAGGGAAGACACUGUCUCUUCUCAGCCUCAGACUGACGCAGGUGUACAUGAGGGGCGUGGACUGGGAGAAGUGUGGGAACCCCCUGCGCAGCCUGCAGCUGGAGACCCUCGAUGCUUCUGUGAAUGGCUGGACCGUGGCCAUCACGGGAAACUUCAGCAUCGCCAUUGCAGGGAGCAGGGUUUCCUCUUUGAUCCUCCAGCGCCACAUCAUGGGUUCUGGCUUUGGCUUCCACAACAUCAAAGAUCCCGACUGGAGCACGUUUGCAGGCCUGGCCAGAAGCUCGGUGAGAAGCCUGGAUCUCUCUAACGGGUUCAUCUUCUCCCUGAACCCCCGGCUCUUUGAGACGCUCAAGGACUUGAAGGUCCUGAACCUUGCCCACAACAAGAUAAAUAAGAUCUUAGAUGGAGCCUUUGAAGGGCUCGGCAGCCUCCAGGUCCUCAAUAUGUCAUUUAACCUCCUGGGGGAGCUGUAUGAUUCCAACUUCCAAGGGCUGCCUCAUGUAGCAUACAUCGACCUUCAGAAGAACCACAUUGGGAUCAUUGAGGCCCAGACCUUCAGACUCCUGGGAAAUCUAGAGACCUUGGAUCUCCGGGACAAUGCUCUUAAAACCAUCUCUUUUAUUCCGGACAUACUUACUGUCUUUCUAGGUGGCAACAAACUGGUGACUCUGCCAGACAUCAGCCUCAGGGUCAGCUUCAUGGAGUUAGCAGCAAACAGGCUGGAAAGUCUGGCCGAUCUCUACUUCCUCCUCCAGGUCCCUGAUCUCCACACUCUCAUUGUAAAUCAAAAUCGCCUUUCCUUGUGUACGCCAGGCCUUAGCCCCGCAGUGAGCCACAGCUUAGAAAAGCUCCUUCUUGGAGAAAAUAUGCUGCAACUGGCCUGGGAAACCGGGUUCUGCUGGGAUGUUUUUAAGGGACUUUCCCAUCUCCAGGUUCUGUUUCUGAACAAUAACUACCUGAAUUUCCUCCCCCCCGGGGUGUUUAGUGAGCUGACUUCACUAAGAGGACUCAGCCUCAGCUCCAACAGGCUGGCGUCUCUCCCUCCCGGCAGUUUGCCUGCUAACUUGGAGAUCUUGGAUCUAUCCAGAAACCAGCUCCUCUCUCCAGAUCCCGGCUUGUUUGCGUCACUCCAUUUCUUGGACAUAACCCACAACAAGUUCAUCUGCGAGUGUGAGCUGAGCACAUUUAUCAGGUGGCUCAAUCACACUAACAUCACUCUCGAGGGGUCUCCUGAGGACGUGUCCUGUGCGUAUCCCGCUGGGCUCUUGGACGUGCCCCUCCACUCUCUCUCCACGGAGGGCUGUGAUGAGGAGGAAGCCUUAAAGUCUCUGCAGCUUUCCCUUUUCGUCGUGUCCACUGUCACUGUGACUCUGUUCCUCAUGACCAUCCUCGUGCUCACAAAGCUCCGGGGCCUUUGUUUCCUGUGCUACAAGACAGCGCAGAGCCUGAUACUGGGUGACCGACCCCCGAGAAGAGAGCCCGACACAUACAAAUACGAUGCCUAUUUCUGCUUCAGUAGCAAAGACUUCAAAUGGGUUCAGAAUGCUCUGCUUAAACACCUGGACGCUCAGUACAGUGACCGAAACAGACUUCACCUGUGCUUCGAAGAGCGAGACUUCGUCCCAGGGGAGGACCACAUCGCCAACCUCCAGGCCGCCAUCUGGAGCAGCAGGAAGGUCGUCUGCCUGGUGAGCAGGCACUUCCUCUUCGACGGCUGGUGCCUGGAAGCCUUCACCUACGCCCAGGGCAGGUGCGUGUCUGACCUCCAGAGCGCGCUCAUUGUGGUGGUGGUGGGGUCACUGUCCCAGUAUGAGCUGAUGAGACAUCAGGCCAUCCGAGGGUUUGUGCAGAAGCAGCAGUACUUGAGGUGGCCGCAGGAUCUCCAGGAUGUGGACUGGUUUCUCAGUAAGCUCUCUCAGCACAUACUAAAGAGAGAGAAGGGAAAGAGGGAAGACAGCGGCAUACAGCUGCAGACCAUAGCCUCCAUCCGCUAGCAGAGCAGCGUGCAGCAUGUCCCAAGCCACAAAAGUCUCUGCUUCGUAUUUGUGCCAACUUGGCGCUUGGGGAUCCUUUCCGGGGCUCUCCUUCCUGUACAAAGACAACAGCCAUCUCUCGGUUUUCCUGUCGACACGAUGUUUUGUCUCACUGCCCUCCGAAUGGAAAAGAACAGAUCUGGAAAACUGCGGGUGCGCUGGCAGCUCACGCUCACCACGGAUUCCUCAGACCCGGUGACACCAGUGUCCUGCUGUAUCAACAUGCAGUGUCCCUGGUGUGGUGGGCACCUUGGGAAAAAUUACCGAUGGCUCCACACUCUCUCUGGGCUCUGUUCAGGAACUGGCUGGGCAGUGAUUCCAAGUUCUCAGUGCUCUGCAAACCAACAUUAAACAGGAAAUCAAGGGAAGAAGGGGCGUGUUUCUUCCCCUGUAUAGGAAGAUGCCCUGUGAUACUGGUCACACUCGUCUGGGGGUAGGAGGUGGCCCUGGAGACGCAGGGGUGAGAGUGACCCGUCCUGUGGCCACACCACACUUCCUUUUGCUGUGGGAUCUCUCAGUUCAGACUCAGAACCUUCCUGGAUUCAGCACCAACCCACUUUCUCCUUCCCGCCUACCACACCUUGUUUACGAUCAACUACGAGCACUGCUGUGAAAA